AUGGCCGACGACACCGCCGGAAGGAGAAUUCCUUUUGCAUUUCUUGAAGAAAUUCAUCAAAGAUUUGUCAGAACCUAUGGCCGAGCUGUAUUGUCUGCUCAAGCAUAUGGGAUGAAUGAUGAAUUUUCUAGGGUCCUCAGCCAGCAGAUGGAGUAUUUCUCAAAUGAUCCAAAUGCUGACCGUAUAAACCGACUCAGAGGUGAAAUGAGCCAGGUCCGAAAUGUCAUGAUUGAGAAUAUUGAUAAAGUUUUGGAAAGAGGUGAUCGGCUUGAACUGUUGGUCGAUAAGACAGCAAAUAUGCAAGGAAACACUUUGCGUUUCAGAAAGCAGGCUCGACGCUUUAGAAACACUGUAUGGUGGAGAAAUGUCAAGCUGACGGUUGCAUUAAUAUUCCUUCUUCUGGUAAUAAUUUAUGUUGUUUUCGCUUUUGUCUGCCAUGGGCCUUUACUCCCAUCAUGUCUAAAAGAUGUACGACGAACUUUUCCGGUUGUGUUUGGCGGUAUCCUCUUCUCUGAAAAGCUGAGGUGUCCGUGA